UGUAGCAUGCAGCGUCUCGGUUGCUUCCUGGAAUCGCCGACAUUUAGUUUGUUAAACAUUUGUAAUCAGGUACUUGAUAAACAAACUUAUCAUGUCAGUGACUGAUACGGAAUAUUAAUUAUUGCGAUAUGACGGACACGCAAAAAAGAGACGACGACGUUUAUCUCUCCGAGGAUUCAGAGUCAACACAAGGCAGCGACCUUGAUUAUGACAUCACAAUCGAAGUCGUUCUUCCCGAUAAAUCGAAAACAAAAACAACAAUUCCCGCAAACACACCACUAAGCGACCUCCGAACUCAACUGUGCUCAAACUUCAAAUUAUCACCGAGUUUACACUCUGUCGAUUUUGUUUGCGACUCGUCACAAAACGGGGCGACUCGGCGAAAAGCAUCGCUCGCUGUCGGAAAGCUCGGGCUGUCGUCCGUAAAGAUUGAGCGGAAACCGGAUGGAAUCGUCCCAAAGUCCCCACCUCCAACUGUAAGGGAUAAAGAGCAAUCCACAGUAAGGUUGUUGGUUCACCUCGACCGACUUCGACAAAUCAUUGUACGUGUGAACCCCGAUGCACCCCUAACUCUCGUCUUCCAAGUAAUCUGCGACAAACUAAACCUUCCAGCCGCCACACGAGGCAGAGUUGAGCUACACCAUCCGAAACUUUCCGAUCUACAUUUCAAUCUCAAACAUUCGCUUAAUUAUUACAAUUUACGGGAGAUCAACUUUGGAGAGAAAAAAGGUAGCAUUGUGAUGUCAUAA